CGGAAUAUGAAGAACAUCAUCCUCGCCCCCGCGCAAAAGCCCUGUCUAAUACAACACUUUCCCCGUGGUUCAUAUCAGUUUGAACUCAAUCGUUUUUGGUCCUUCUCGUGCCGUGCCGUGGUUGUGUUACGUGCCUUUGGGGCCAGGUAUUCAUCAUGGCAUUCUCAAACUCAGAGAUGAGGGCAUUUGACACGGCCGAGAAGGUGGCCUCGGUCUUUUCUGUCCUCGGCGCCAUCUUCAUCAUUUUUACGUUUUUGUUGGACGAUCGAUUUCGAAAAGCCAUCAACAGAAUGGUCUUCUUCGCCUGUUGGGGCAAUCUGUUUUCCAACGUUGCGACGCUGAUAUCGAGGUCGGGGAUCAAUUUGGGGGUUGAUACCGCUCUAUGCCAGUUUCAAGGGUUUCUGAUCCAAUGGUUUAUGCCGGCGGAUGCUUUAUGGACCUUUGCGAUGGCUUGCAAUGUCUAUCUAUCCUUUUUCCACCGCUAUGAUGCGACCAAGUUAAGGGCAUUGGAGUGGAGAUACCUGGUGGCUUGUUAUGGGAUUCCAUUUGUUCCGGCAUUGGUAUUCUUGUUCAUCGAAACCGAGAAAAAGGGCAAACUCUAUGGUGAUGCAGUGCUGUGGUGUUGGGUAUCGGAGAGUUGGAAUGCCCUUCGCAUCGCGACCUUUUACGGUCCCGUGUGGCUCGUAAUCCUGGUCACCGUCUUCAUCUACAUCAAAGUCGGCAUGGUUGUCUUUCGGUGGAGGAAGAAGUUGAUGUCCAUGGACCAAAGCAACAGUCGGGGCGCCAUGGGCGGAGUGGCCGCUAGAAAAGACGUCUCCCUGCAACGAGAAUACUCCAUGAAUGACAUGCCCCAACAACAACAACAGAGAUAUGAAGUCAGGACUCACAGUCAAGCCCCAGACUUUCCGGAGCACAAGCACCAGCAAGUCCUAAAUUCGCCUCAAAACACCACAUCCUUCAUGGAGGAUUCCCUCAGGAGUCCAAAUUCACUCAAAAGUCCGACCCAUGCGAGAUACCCUUCGGUGGACGAGAGUUACCCGGAGGAAAGGAGAACCACUGUGGUCGCGGACCAACCGAGUGUUAAAGUUGUGGAUGCCAACAAAGCCGCCUUGAGUUACUGCAAGACGGCCAUGUUGUUCUUCAUUGCCUUGAUCGUUGUAUGGGUCCCUUCGACAAUCAAUCGAGUCUACACCCUGGCCAAACCAACCGACCCCCAAUUCGGACUCGAGUUCGCCUCGGGCCUUGUACUUCCGUUGCAAGGAUUCUGGAACACCAUCAUCUACAUCAUGACCAGUCUACCGGCAUGUCAGGCACUAUUGGCUGACAUUGUGGGUGCACACAGAAGAGGAGGAGGAAGAGGCGGGUACUCAGGUGAUUCACAGAUGCGUUCUGGGUCACUCGGGGGGUCGAGCAGGAAUGCCGCCUACCUCCACCACCACACCCUACCUUCGACCGACAACGACAACGAGAACCGAGCCGACAUCAUGGUGAGUUAUGAUGGAAAGAAUCGAAUCGUGAGACACCACUCCAGAAUUGUCUCCGGAGAUGCCAACAGUGCAAGUGGUAUCAUCAGUCAUGACUAUAUGCCCCACGCCCGAUGAGACAGACACCAGAGUAUGAAAUGAGGACGGGGAUAAGGGUCUCCAACGUUUUUUUUUUUGGAUCAUGUCUAUGUCUUU